CUCUCACAAACAAGAGGAGUCGAGAUUCGAGAAUAGUUUAUACGACACAGGCUUUGGUUUUCUCCUCUUCUCCAUUUCAACUUCUGAGGUUGGUUUGAUCCUCGUUCAGCACUUCCAACGUUUCUAACUCUUCUGAGACUUGCUUAUUGAGCUAUUGGGAGAUGGCAGAGGAUGGUUACAAGGUGACCUUGAAUGUUUAUGAUUUAAGUCAAGGACUUGCACGCCAGCUGUCCACGACCUUCUUGGGGAAAGCUAUUGAAGGCAUAUGGCACACAGGCAUAAUUGUGUAUGAGAGUGAAUACUACUUUGGAGGAGGCAUUCAGCAUUCUCCAGUUGGAAAAACACCAUAUGGAUCUCCAAUCCGUGUUGUGGACCUGGGUGUCACACAUGUGCCCAAGGAGGUCUUUGAGGAGUAUUUGCAGGAGAUAAGUCCUCGAUAUACAGCUGAGACUUACAGCUUGCUUACUCACAACUGCAACAACUUUACCAAUGAAGUUGCACAAUUUUUAGUGGGUGCCAACAUUCCAGACUAUAUCCUGCAGCUUCCAAAUGAGGUCAUGAACAGCCCAAUGGGUCCUCUUAUAUUGCCCAUGAUACAGAACCUGGAAACAACAUUGAGAUCAGGUGCUGUCCCUCAAGCUCCUCAGUUCAGUCCUUCAGUGACUCAGCCCUUCAGAGUGAAGACAAAUUCGAGCUUUCCCAACACAUCUUUCAGAGAAGUAACCACAAACAAUGCUGAAAGUCCUGUGAAAUCCAAGAACCAACACUCUGGGAGCACUGGCAAGAAAACAGGGAAGCCAGUUGUGCCACCUGCUGUAAAACCAGGUGGAUCACAAGAGAAGGUAGCCAAUGGGGUUGCUGGACAUCCACUUGGGGAUGCCAGGAGUAAGGUGCAGGAAGAGAUAAGCAAAGAGUUUUCUGCGAUAAUGGCAACUGGAACACUACGGGCAAGUGAGGCAGCAGCACUUGCUACAAGGAGAGUAAUGGAAAGAUAUGGGAGGGUGAAUGUUGCCAUGCCACACAGUUAGGAAUCGUCGAUUGAUUGGUCCCUUACAGAAA